AUGGCGGAUCUUUCCAAUCUCUUAGACGAAGUCGACGAUGCUCUUGGCGAAGAAGAGGACGAGGUGGAGGUACCUAAUACCCAGAUUGCCUCCUAUGAGGAUAAUGAAGAUAGCGAUGAUAAUGAUGAUAAUGCAGACCGUGAGCACGUGGAGCUUCCAGCAGCCUUGGAAGAGUUUGAACAGCAGCAACAAGGCUACGGCUCGGAGCAAGAAAAGCACGACGAAGCCGAUCAAGAUCUGGUCGAAUUGGAAACGAAUGAGAACCACCACUACUACGUCAAGCUCAAGCGCCUCUGGCAACAAGAAUUGGCAUGUCCCGAACUCUUGCCACUGGAUGAAGAAUUGGUAGAAGCAAUUAGCGAUCAAAUAGAACGACAACAAGCUGUCAUUGACGACAUGGGUGAGGAACCGGGAGAUAUUGAAGCACUAUUGGGCAGUGUCCUCAAGGUGGACUGUGAUCGAGCCCAAUUCAUGCUUAGUGAUCUACUAAGGAUGCGUCUUUGGAAGAUACAGGAGCAUCCACUUCACAUGAGAGACCUUGUGGAUCGAAUGAGUGAAUCAGAGUUUGAAUUUCUAAAAGGAUAUGGUCAAUUGUUUGAAGGCUACAUGCGUCGAACCGUUCUGGAUCAUGUCGCCAAGGACGCCCUCAAAAACUUGGACGAACCAGAAAUGAUCGAUAAGCCUGAUCUGGAACAAUUCGUCUUUGUCCGGGUCAAGGAAACAUCGGAGAUUGAUAUUGGUACCGAAGAUGAACCUAGUAUUCAGCAACACGAUCCCGGCACUACGUUGAUCACUCGCUACAAUCUGGUUCGAGAAUUGUUUGGACAAGGCAAGGUAGAACUGAUCUUGUAG